AUGUCAAGUACAAAUGCAACAAUAUCAUAUAUUGCUAACCUUCAAUAUAUUUCAGGACAAGUGACUCUAUAUAUGUCAAUUGUUAUUCUUGUUUCUGGCUUGAUCGGUAAUUUACUCAAUUGUUUGGUAUUUGUACAACGAUCACUUCGAUCAAAACCAUGUGUUAUCUAUUUUCUUGUGUCUAGUAUAUUAAAUUUAAUUAUUGUUUUUUCGGGUAUUGCACCACGUGCAUUUCAAGCUUUUUUUAUGAUCCCAGAUCGAACAGAGACAGUAUCAACGUUAUGUAAACUGCGUCUUAUUGUUCUUUUUACAAUGCGUACCAUUUCAUCAUGGCUUUUAACUCUUGCUAGUGUAGAUCGUUAUUUAAUUUCAAGUUCUGAUGUCAAUCGACGUCAAAUGAGCAAUUUGAAGAAUACUUAUCUUUGGAUUUUAAUUGUUAGUAUCAUAUCGGCUCUAGUUUGGGCUGAAGCUGGCUACUGUUUUGAUGCUAAUAUGGUUGGUACACCUCAAAAAUGUUAUGCCAAAUCUGAUGCAUGCCGUAUUUUUAAUGAUCUUGCUCAAUCACUUAUUACAACCAUCAUUCCAUCGACAGUCAUGCUUAUUAUUGGCUUAUUUACUAUUCGCAAUAUUCGACAUUUCCACAAAAUAGGACCUGCUUCAGCUACUAUGCAAAGUAAUAAUACUAAAAAUAAAAGUAAUAAUAAUAAUAAUAAUAAUAAUAAUAACAAUACUAGACGAAACAGAAAAGACGAAACAAGUUUAACUAUAAUGUUAAUUGCACAAGUUAUUCUAUUGACGAUAUUUACUCUACCACAAGCAGGACAAAAAUUUUAUUUGACUUAUACAUUUUAUCAAACAAAAUCAUCAUCUCAACGAGCACUGGAAAGCAUGCUUUUUAACUUUGUUCUUCUUCUUACAUAUGGACCAAAUUGCAUAACAUUUUAUUUGUAUACAAUAACUGGUAGAAUAUUUCGAGAAGCGCUUUUCAAAUUAUUCAAAAGUGGAAUUCAAUAUUUGAACUUCUUUCAUUAA